UUAAGAAGAAAAAAGCGGUAGCAUGAACGCAUGGUGUACUGUUUUAUUGAAGCUUGUUCACUCACUGUUGGUUUUGGAAGGACAUAAUGACUUCAUCAGUGUCAAAGGGAUGUUUUGUUUUUAAGUCAGCCUCCAAAAAGAGAAAGCGACAUAUAGGAGUUGGUGGAUAUUUGGUGGAUGAUAGUGACGAUAACGGCAGCGAUCGCUUUAGAAUCUGUCAGAAAUUAUAGGAAACGGUUCAAAUGAACACAGAGGUAAUACAAGAUCGUUGAAUAAAAAGGUACUUGACAGUCUUGCAGAGUUCAUUAAAAAGCAUGGCCUCGGCUGCUCAUCUGAUGUCUGGAGACAGAGCCAGUGAAAUCCCCACAGCUGGUCUAAUGCUGGGGGUAAAUGUGCCAGAUCAUGCCAUGACAUUUCGAAGUCUGUGUAAUCUCCUUCAGGAUUCUGUCACCCCAUUUAUGGUGUCUGUUCAUGCCAAAGAAUGUGCAGCUGUGAAGCUCUUGAUUCAGAAGGUUCUAGAGCAGCUGAUGGGAAGUGGAGUGUCGGAUGAAGAAAAGGAAGAUGAUACAGCUUUGCUUCAAAAGACACCGUGUACUAUUAGUGCUCUAUGUCAGUGGUACAAGACUGUUACCAAGAAAUGCACCCAAGUUUCUCCAGAAAGGAAAGAAAACUUGACAAAUAAUGACUUGCCUCAGAGUUUGCCUGUUGUCGUGAUCUUCAAAGACUUUGAGGCAUUCAACUCACAAGUUUUACAGGAGUUUAUCCUUAUUUGCAGUCGAUACACUCAGGAGCUUCCAUUUGUCUUUAUUUUUGGCAUUGCCACGUCUCCCAGUGCUAUCCAGCACAGGCUUCCCCACUCGGUGUCAUCGUUGCUCUGCAUUGAGGUCUUUCAUUCUCUCUCAUGUACUCAGCAUUUAGCCUCUGUUUUUGACAAGCUCAUUCUGAACUCUCAGUUCCCAUUCAAGCUCAGCAGUAGGGUGAUACAGGUGCUGGUUGGCAUCUUCCUCUACCAUGACUUCUCUGUUCAGAAUUUUGUUAAGGGCCUACAGUUCUCCAUGUUGGAGCACUUUAAUAGCCAGCCUCUCAGCGUGCUUUGCUGCCAAAAACAAGAGGCCUUGCUUUCUGCCAAGACAUUGAGCAAACAAAAUGUUGAACGAAUCCGCCAUCUACCCUCGUUCAUGAGGUAUGUGGAGACUCAGGAGCCCCAGGAACAGGUGCGGCUUCUUACCAAUGAUGAACAUGUCAAGGAAGUAUGUCAAAAAUUACUGAAAAACCUCCACAAAUACCACAAGAAUUACUAUCCCAUUCUACAAUGUCUGCAUUCUUUGACAUCAUCACUGCCCAAGUUUCCUCUGGGGAAGCAUAUACGAGAACUCCAUGUAUCUUGCAUUGAGAAGAAUUUGUGGGAGACAGAGGAAUAUGAUUCAGCCUUGCAGCUUCUGAGAAGAUUCCUCUGGGAAUGGCGUCGUCUCGGCAAAAAUGGAAUAUCAGAGAACAGAUCUCUUUCAGCUUCAAAAGGCAAAACUCUGCUUGAAAAAGAGUCUCGAAGAACAAAGAGAAUGAAUUCAUUCGAAGUGCUUCGAAGCCAGGUGAUAGACUUUAUUGACAGCCUUGUGAGAGAAUACUUGACACCAGCAGAAUUCCAGCCACUCAAUGAAGUGUGCUACUACAGUUCCUCUGGGGUCCUGAGACAGCGACUCAAUGUCACCCUACGAACAUCCAUUCAAGCUGCUCUCAGUCAUCCUUUCUACUACUUGAAGAAUGCAAGCCUGAAAACAGAUGCUGGCACAAUCUCCAGUGCUGCACCAGACCUCUGCAUUGUAUACAAGCUUCAUCUUGAGUGUGGAAGACUCAUAAAUCUGUAUGACUGGCUUGAGGCAUAUGUAACGGUGAUGUCAGCUGCGGAGGACCAAGAUACUGAUUCUGAGGAGUGUGGCCAAUAUGACAGCCUUAAGCAUGCUCGUUUCAUUCAGGCUGUUUCUGAGAUGGAAUUUCUUGGUUUUGUUAAAUCAACAAAACAGAAGACUGACCAUGUGGCAAGACUGACUUGGGGAGGUUGUUAAAGAAAUUAUUUGCAAAGCAAUGUUUCCUGAGCACAAGAGACUGGCCUGACAUGCAUGAAAUAAUUAUGUAUUUUGCACCACAACUGUAUUUUGUACUGUCAGCUGUAUUAUACAUGUUACUAUUACCUUCUUUUUUAAAUAUUUGGUUAUGUUUUGGUUAAUUGGAAUAAAAAUAAUAUACUGUU